AUGUCGGCGAGCAACGAAAACAAUGAGCAGGAACCCAUGAAGCAAGUGAUAUGGGAAAUUGAAGAUUGGUUUGGGAAAAUACGUUUUACAGCAGAAGUGAAAGGCGUUAUCUGCCGUAACCCAUGGGAAGUUCCAGGAAAAGAACUUUGUACUUAUUGCAAAGAUUUUGUGCCACAAAUCAAAGAAUUCAUUGUUGACUCGACAGGCGAUACUUACAGACUCACGCAAAAUCUUGCUUGCGACCAUACUGAUGUAGUCUACUACGCUCGGUGCAAGCCUUGCAAAAAAGGUUAUGUCGGUUUCACGACCGACAUGAAAUCAAGGCUUGCCGGAUACAAGUCAAACAUUGUUGCACGACUUGGUCGAACAGCAAUUGAGAAACACCUGCGUGAGAAACAUGCUGAUUCCGAAAACCCAUUAGAUCUUUUUGAGAUCUUUCCUUUCAUUCAUUACAAGAAGCACGAAAAGAUUUCUGAGUACAAGGCGCACGAGUCCCUUUGGAUGCAACGAUUCAAAACGCUGGCAAGAAAUGGCGGCGGAUUGAAUAUGCGGCUUGAGAAGGGUACCUGUUCCUGUCCUGAAUAUGUUGCUGAGCAGACCCUUCUCUGGGAAAUGCAGCAAAAAGAGGAGCCGGAAAAAAACGAGAAGCCAAAAGACGAGAAGAAGAAAAACAAGCCAAAGAAAGCCAAACAAACAAAAAAAUCAGCAAGAAAAACAAAGAAGAAGUAA